GUCGACAGAAAGAAUUGAUGGGCUUUUCUUUAUGUGUGUGAAUUUUAUGAAUCUAUCAAGUGGAAAGGUCUUUUGUUUUGACAACUAUAGAGAAAGAAUUUCCGAAGAGAAACUUGAGAAAAUUUUUAGUGAAUACUUUCAAAAGGUUGAUAAGAAUGAAGUGGUGGAAGUAAGGCUUGGUGGGAAAAGUUUUGACUUGGAAGCGGCACAACUGGCUGCCGAAAUUCUACCAACUUUGGUCAAUCUGAGAGUAGUCUCUUUUGCAGAUGUGAUAGCAGGAAGAAAGGAGGAAGAGGGACACGGUGUGCUAAGAGUUUUGAGUUCGUCGCUGGAAAGUGACCAACUUUAUGAACUGGACCUGAGCGAUAAUGCGUUGGGCGCAAAGGGAAUAGAGGCUUGCAAAAAAAUUCUAAGGCAGCAGAAGAAACUCCAAGUUAUCCGUUUUUGUAACAACGGUCUAGCUGCAGACGCUAUUCAACUGCUGGUGAGUUACUUGUUGGAAGGUGGAGGUCCUACAAGUCUCAAGACUAUUCACUUCUUCAAUAAUCUGAUGGAAUCAGAAGGUGCAAAAAACGUAGUGCCUUUGUUAGAAUUUUCUCCGGAAUUGGAAGAUUUGAAGCUUGCCUCACUUCGAGUUGGGGAGGAAGGUAUCGAACCUGUUAUACGAGCCUUGAAAAAUACUACUCUUCUGAGAGUCCUCGACCUUUCAGAUAACAUAUUGGCAAAUAGAGGAGCUAAUUGUCUUGGUCGAAUGUUUCCUUUACUCUCAAAUUUAGAAACUCUGAUUCUUCGUGAUACUUCGUUGGGUGAUAAGGGCGCCACAACAAUCUUGCAGUGCUUGGAAAGAAGCGAAAUUCGUCUCAAGGUUCUUGACAUUUCUUGCAACGAACUUACUGCUGAAUCUUGCAAAAAUUUGGCCAAACUUGUUGAGCAGCAAACUUGCUUAGAACGCUUACUAGUUGAAGAGAAUGACAUUGGGUCUAAGGGUGUGGCCAUGUUAGCCAAAGCUCUUUCUUCCGGUGCUCACUCUCGACUGGUUGAGUUGAAUCUUGCAGAAAAUUCUAUUGGAACUGCCGGUGCAAAGGCCUUGUUUAGUGUCUUAAUUAAGCUUGUAUCAUUAAGGAACGUUAACCUUUCUGGAAAUUGGAUAAAGCAAGUUGUUGUCGAAGAACUUGAGGAUGCAUUGUCUCAGAUAAAUAGAACAGAAUUGACUGUAUCCUUUAGUGACAAUGAAUCGGAAGAGGAAGAAACUGAAGAAUAUGAAGAAGAGGACGAAGAUGAUAUUAGCUUGAAUAACUCUGUUGAUGCCGACGUGGAUGCGACAUUAGAAACUCGUAAUCAUUCGAGGAAUGAAGAUAUUAAUGCGCUUAAAGAUGAGUUUGCCAAAAUCUCGGUUGAGAAACAAGCUGAUGAGAAGUGAAAAACAUGCGACACCUUGGAAGUGCUUUGGUAAAAUACGAUACGAAUCAGGGAGUCUGUGGAGUUUUCUAA